CCUGACCCCAGGCCCUUUUUUUUCCCUUUGCAACACCUCCAUAAUAUCAUAAUAUUCUUCAACUCUCGCUUCCUCAUUCAAAACUGGCCUGCCUUUUCAUAGUGUGUGGUCGAUCUAUACACCUCACCUUUCCCUUUGCUGCUGUUGGAGAGGAGGAGAGAAGCUGAUCUUUCUCUCUCUAUAUCUCCCUCAGCGCGCUCUAUCUCCUCCAUGGCUCCAUAGAUCACAGCUUGCAGAGAGACAAGAGUUAGGCUAUUCUACCUGAUCAUAUGCCCCUCCUGCAAUUCCUCCAUCCACAUACAAAUUGAAACAAGAAUUGCUUGCAUAUAUCUUUGUUUGUCCUUUCCUCUAUUUUUUUCUCCUCUUUUAUUUCCAUUGUGCAGCUUGUUAGAUAGACAGAUAGUAGCUUUGGAUAUAUCAUGGAGGAAACAAGCUAGAGCAGAAGCAGCAGCAGAGAGGAGAAAGGGGAUUUUAAAAAUCCUUCAACAUAGUCUCUGCCUGCUUCUUCAUCAGAUCUGUCCUCUGUGUGACCUUAAAGAGGUACGGUAGCCCGCCCGGCCCGGAAAUGGCAUCCCCGUCGAGCACCAGCAACAACUCCGCCCUCUCCCCGGCGGCCUCGUCGGGGGCGACGACGCCCGGCGCCGGUGCGCCGUGCGCGGCGUGCAAGUUCCUGCGUCGCAAGUGCCUGCCGGGGUGCGUGUUCGCGCCCUACUUCCCGCCGGAGGAGCCCCAGAAGUUCGCCAACGUGCACAAGGUGUUCGGCGCCAGCAACGUGACCAAGCUGCUCAACGAGCUGCUCCCUCACCAGCGCGAGGACGCCGUGAGCUCGCUCGCCUACGAGGCCGAGGCGCGCGUCAAGGACCCCGUCUACGGCUGCGUCGGCGCCAUCUCCGUGCUCCAGCGCCAGGUCCACCGCCUCCAGAAGGAGCUCGACGCCGCGCACGCCGAGCUCCUCCGCUACGCCUGCGGCGACGUCAGCGGCAUCCCCACCGCGCUGCCCGUCAGCGGCGGCGCCGCCCCCAGGCUCUCCGCGGCAAUGCCGAGCCCCGGCCAGUUCGCAACGUCCGCCACCGCAGCCGCCGGCAUGUACAGCGGCCGGACGAGGCUGGGGCUCGUCGACGGCAUAGCGCCGCCGCCGCCGCCAGCCGGGUGCUACUUCAUGCGGAGCAACAACGUCGUCAUGAGUAGUAGCCCGGGCGCUGACGUGGCGCCCGUGCUGCCUUACGCUUCCAUGGCUAAUUGGGCCGUGAAUGCCAUGAGCGCCACCACGACCGCCACCUCCGGAUCGGAGAGCAUCGUGUUGGAUCACAAGGAAGGGGGAGACAGCAGCAUGUGAAGCGCCAUGAAUAUGAUUUUACCCCUUGUUAAGUGAGAUGAUGUGGAGACAUGUGCUUGAGCCCCUUUGCCCUUUGAUGAGCUUGGGAUUGCUUACUGAAGGAAGCUUCGAGGAGAUAGCCGCAGGGAGCUAGCCCAAUGCAAUCUCAGGUUGAUUAAGAGCUAAGGAGCAAUCUAUCUAUCUAUAUAUAUCUAUCUUUCGCCGACAUGAGUUAAAUAUAUCUGCACCCCUUUUUGCAUGUUGUGCAAACCAUACUUUGGAGUACUAAAUGUAAUCGAAUCGAGAUCUUGAUCGCUCUUCUUUCCAUGAUUAAUUCUUCGUUUUCGCAGGAUC